AUGCGUGAAGAUGAUCUGGUUGUGUUACGUGACAGGCCUGCUGCUGUUGACAUUUUUUCUGAUCUUCUUGGCGUCUGGUUGGCCGCUGCUGUGGAGGACUUCUUACAUCUUGUAUCUGCGCAAGCAAGAAACACCGAUGCCGUAAUCAUGGUUGAUCACCCGGUCGUUCACGGACUGCCUGAAAAUGCUCAAGAAAAUCUUCGGCUGCUCAGGGUUCGAGUGGUUCGCGGCAUCGAUCUGGCAAAGAAGGACAUAUUUGGUGCAAGCGAUCCGUACGUGAAAGUUCAUCUUUACAAAGACAAUAGGCAAAUUUGCACUGUACAAACGAAGACCAUCAAAAAAAGUCUACAUCCGGUGUGGAACGAAGAAUACAUAUUCAGAGUCGAUCCGUCGUGUAAAGUGAUUUUCGAAGUUUUCGACGAAAACCGAAUUACUCGGGAUGACUUCCUUGGCACGGUCGAAAUCGAAUUGAAAAGCGUGAGAAUUCCCCGCGAGCGUCCCGGUCGGGCGAUCAGGGAAAAGAACUGUGCACUUCGACCAAGAAGGUGGAUAAAGAAGUUUUAUAAUGAGUUGACGAAAGGAGGUGAUUGGGAAUUCGUCCGUGCCGGAUGUCAGACGUCUAUGGUAGCCGAAUCACCGUCAGCCGAACAACAACCCUCGUUGCCGUCUGGAUGGGAAGAGCGUGUAGACGCAAACGGUCGGACGUUUUACGUCAAUCACGUGACCCGAUCAACGCAGUGGGAAAGACCUACUCUGUUGUAA